AUCUAUUACUCAAGGGGUUCACAGGCCCUAAAUAUGUCAGAUCUCAGAUUCUUAUUGCUAUAAUGGCCAUGACAGGGUUCUUCUAAGGUUUCAUUUAUUAACAUUAGUUAACUGUGAAUUCAGUUAACAUGAACUAACAAUGAACAAUACUUCUACAGCAUUUAUUAAUCAAUGGUAACUUUAAUACACUAUUAAUAAUAAAGGUUCCACAGGAGGUUUUCGCAGUGAUGCCAUUGAAGAUUAAUUUUAGGUUCUUCAAAGAACCUUUUAGUGAAUAGUUCUUAAAGAAACCAUUUUUUUUUAGUGUAAAGAGCAUUUUAAUAAUCCAAAGAGCCUUUUGUGUGAUGAAAAUAUGUUUAAGGUUCUUUGUGGAACCAGUGAUGCCAAUUAAAGAACCUGUAUUUUUAAGAGUGAAUACAUUUUCAAAAUCCAAAGUUGUGUUUGUUAAUAUUUGAUAAUGAACUUUUAACUAACAUGAACAAACAAUGAACAACUUGAUUUUACAGAUUAAUAAAUGCUUUAAAGCAUAUAUUGGUCAUUGUUAGCUAAUGCGUUUACUAAUGAGACCUUAUUGUAAAGUGUUAUCAUCAAUUCCCUAAAUCACAUUGACCAUACUGAGUAAAUAACAUGAGAAAAGACUAUCUGUAUUUGUGUGUGCACUAUAGGGGAAUAUUUUGACCAUCAUUCAGGACCUUUCAGUGAACAGUAGAGGAAUUAGAGAUGGACAAUAGGUAGAUGAGAGAUGUUGUGAGGCCAUUGUGCAAUAACAGUGAACAGUUAGCUGGCAUUUUCCACAGCUGAAUAAAACCCAUUUUACAGGGGGCACUGGGUCCGUGUUUCCCUGUCAGAGCAUAGAGUGGGCACGCAGUUCACUUCAGGGUUUCAUCUGAAGACGUUACGGUUGAAGGAAAAAGUGGAGACCCACAACGCGCAGCGGCAAACAAGGACCUGGCCUGCUCUCCAGUUCCUCCCUUCAAGUAUUGCUCGCGCUCUCCAGUCGGCCGUGGAGCGUUUGAGAGAGAUGCACCCACAGCGCCCGCUGCCCCAGGCCAUGCCCUCCUCACUGGGCCAAAACCUGAGAGAUGCAGCUAUGAGGAUGGGCCAUGGCAAGGGCAUACUGGGAGGAAAUGUGGCGUAUGGAGUUAUCCAGUCUCUUAAAGAGUGCCUCUACUUCCUGCUCUGCUGCUGGUGCAUCAAAGAGAUCCUGGACUGAGAGGAAGAAAGAGUUUUUGAGUCAAUGGAUGAUUCGUCACAGUUGUUGAUGCUUUGGCCUGAUUUCAGAUCUCUUUACACAUGCAUAAACGCACAAGCAUUAGAAGCUGCUGUAUUAAUGCAGUUUAAAGUAGUAUCCAAACAUGUUUUAAAAGACACUGUUUGAUAAAACUGUGCAAUAAAUAAAAAUAUAUAAAACACUGAAGA